GAUAACUGGAGAGCCGGGACUUGCAUAAUUUUGUAGAGUAACGUCCGAACUAUCUACGCAUGCAAAAACAUUACUAACAUUGUAUGUUAGUUUUCUGAGAACGGAGCUGGUUUUCCAAAGAUCCUCUGGAAGUUUUUCAAAAGCUGCUUCCGCUUUUGAAAAGUUCUGCUCAAGUCUUGGCUGUUGAACAGCGAAAAUCGCAGGUCUCUAUCUCAUCCUAUCAAAAGUUAUUCAAAAAGCAACCACCGGUCUGACCAUUUGAAACGGAUAGUAGUUCAGAUACUGUACAUCUUGAAGAUUUCGACUCGCUCCGAUGUGUUUUGCGUGAGUUAUGAAUUAGCUGAAAACAGUCGGAAAAGCCUGGUUUUCAUAACACUUAGGUUUUGCCAAGCUUUAAAACUUUUUCUCAGAACAAACAUUGCCACGAGACUCAGCAUAGUCGAAAACCUAUGUUUUCAUGCAUUCCGAAGGUCUUCAAGCUAACGACAGAAAAGUCCUGAGACUUCAGGAAAAAGAUCUAAAGCGCCCGAACCAAGCAAAAUCAAGCUUUUGCUUAAAGCGUACUUUAUAGAAAACACUUCGGACUAUCUAUCUGUGCAAUAAAAUCGGUAGAUUCCUAUGUCAGUUUGCAGAAAUUCGAGCUGGUUUUCCAACGAUUUCGUAGAAAACCGGUGUUACCGAUAUUUUUGAUAGCAAUCGUGAAAAUAUUGAUUGAAGUGUCCUCUUUCGCUUAUUGAAAAUCAUAAGUUUCUUUUUUUCUCCUUCUGGAGUUGUCUGAAAAACAGCCAGCGACCUUAUAUUUUGGUGCCGAUAGUAUACGAAGCAAAAGAAACUGUUUCAUUAAGGUCACUGGACAAAGGCGACGAUUGGCUACAAAAUAAUGCAUUUUCACUCCUACUCUGAAUUGAUCUACAUUUCUCUAAAAGUAGAAACAUCGCAUUUCCUGAACCUUUUUUCAUUUCAUCAACGUUCAGAUAAACAGAAGAAUCGAGAACCGUAUCGGAGGCAAAAUCAGCUGUUCGAAGAAAAUUAUAAAGCAAUAGGAACAUUUACCAUCUGAAGCAAAAAAUCAUAAUAUGGAGAAAAGAAACCUGCCAGAAGGGAAUCAACCAUUUGAACUAUCUUUUGAAAACUGAUCAGGAACCUGAGUAGAAUAAGGUAAGAAUGAGUUCGUUUGACUGCAUGACAGACUGCCUCUAUCGCAUUUAAAAGUUUUGAAAUUGAUGUAGCCGAUGGUUCAAUAAUACCCAGACGUGUUGAAUAAUAUAUUACACCACUUAAAUACAGUAUUAAGCUUAAAUAUUUGAUUUCCAAGAAUAACAGAAAGCAAUAAAACACAAAAGUGAUUUCUCGGUUAUCCGGUGGUUACUAAAUGCAUAUGCAUUCUGUCGUUUCUUGUCUUAGCUUCAUCAAAUGCAACAUAUUCGAGUAACAGUACUUUAACAAGUUUUAUUUCUCGUCCCAAUCCAUCAAAUUGCCAACUUGAUUUUUCAUCAUCAUCUACUAAUCGAAUACUAUUGCAUUUAUUUAAUCCAUUGAGUACAACAACACAACAAUAUAAUAAUACAUUUAUUGCUAAUUCAACUUGGACAACAUUAACAAUUUCAUUACGUAGUGAUACUAGUUCUUGGUAUUUAUAUGCUGUGUAUAUUUAUGAUCAAACACAAAUAACAGGUCAGAAUAUAUUAUUAAAUGGCGAUUAUGGUACUGGUACAUUAUAUGGUUGGACUAUAAUGCCUUCUACGAAUCCAUUAAUUAGCCCUGGUUCUUAUGUGGUUUGGACGGGUAGUAAAAUUCUUUGUCAAACAUUUCCAACUGUAAUCGGUAAUACAUAUUUAAUUCGAUAUUCAAUGUGGUCUCUCAGUACAACGCCAUAUAUAAUUGCUGCUGUUACAGUUGGUCCAUAUCCAUUGCAAACAAAUACAUCCUCGCCAUUGAGUACACAUCAUGAUUCAUGUGUCAAUCAGUUGCUGUCGAUUGUGCACAAUAUAUAUAAAGCAUUUGAUGAAAAGCAAUCUGUUUUCGGUGUUUUCCUUGACUUUGCCAAGGCUUUUGAUACAGUUUGGCAUAAGGGUCUACUGUCGAAACUUGAAGCUAAGGGAAUACCACCUCUCCUUCUUCAAUGGUUUGAAAGCUAUCUAUUUGAUAGAAAAAUUGUUACAGUUGUUGAAGGUUGCUUUUCAUCAGGAAAAACUAUUAAUAGAGGCGUACCUCAAGGUAGUGUGCUCGGUCCCUUACUAUUCUUAAUCUAUAUUGAUGAUCUAUGUGAUAACCUUGUUUGUGACAUGAAAUUAUUUGCUGAUGAUGCCUCACUGUAUAGGAAAGGAACUGAUCUUCAGCAAAUGGCUUCUGAUUUAAAUAAUGACCUCGUCAUGAUUGAAAAAUGGUCUCAACAUUGGAAGUUAUCUCUUAAUAUAUCGAAGUGUGAAGCAAUGCUAUUCACAUUAAAACCUGUUCCUGCUGUUCUACCGCGUUUAUACAUUGCUAAUAAUCCCGUCAGGCAAACCACUGUUCAUAAACACUUAGGAUUGUUAUUAACUGUAAGGCUAGAUUGGACUACGCAUAUUGAUAAUAUACUACUUAGGAUCAAUAAACUGAUUGGACUAUUAAAAUUGCAUAGUCGUGUGUUAAAUCGACAAGCAUUAGAUGUAAUUUAUAAAUCCUUUGUUCUACCGUGUUUUUCUUAUGGAUGUGUUGUUUUCAGUAAUACUACUGAAUAUAACUUACAACGUCUUCAGAGCGCCCAAUAUCGUGCAGCAUUA